AUUCAUUAAAUACGGAUAGUAAACAUGUUAUACGGGUUUUAUACGCGUUUAAUAUGGGAGCCAUCAAAUAAACGGGGGAAAUGAAACGGCCUGACGAAAUUAUGAAUACGAAAGUUUUAAACGAAUAAAAUACAUACGGAUACAUAUACAUGUAUUAAACGGAGUAUUUACUAACUAUGUUAUACAGUUUACACAACAAAUGAGUUUAAAAUUCAAGCACUACAAAUUUUUUUUAUAAAAUCAUGUAAUUUUCUAUUUCCUGUUCAUUUAUGAUUCAUGCACCGAAUAUGUAUAAAAAUACGUAUAGCAAAUUUGAGAUACGUAUUAUGGAUAGAACGGAUAAUUCAAUUUUUUUUUUAGUAUUUAAGUCAUAUUCCCGAUUAAAUUAUCCAGUGCAGUACUACUUUUCGGCUGCCGCGCCAUAUCAGUUGGCAUAUUUUGUUUUCUUCUUCCUCAUCACCUAACUUAAUUCGAAUUCGAUUUCCCCAGCUGGCGACUCACUGUAAGUAAACCCUUUCUUUCCCAUGCCUCGCCCAUCCAUAGGAUUCCGUUGAAGGCGUCCAGCAAGCUACUAGCUGGCCUGGUCCAAAAUUUCCAUGGCAGCACCAAAACCUACCACUUCUUUUACGCUACCGCGUUCCCAAAGUAAAUACCCUGCUGCCCAGUAAUGGCUAUGACCCAGCUGUCCGCCACUAAUUAGUUGCCCUCCACUCCUUUCUUCCACCUCUGCAGCAGGUGCAGCUAUUUAUACCGCAGCCCACUGUUCCAGUUUUCUCCACCACCAUCUCUCCAUUCUCCAACAUCCACUUUCGCCCUUCUUACUCAUUUCCACACCUUCGCCAUGGCGAUUCCUUCAACCCGUUUCCUCCCCCAAAUUCUCAUCUUCUGCACUCUGCUUCAUUUCGCCUCCUCUGCCGCCAGAUCGCUCAAUGCUGCCGCCGGUGACGGCGGCAGUGAGGAUACGGCGUUUCAGUAUCACAACGGCGCUCUUCUCACCGGCAAAAUCUCCGUCAAUCUCAUCUGGUACGGCAAGUUCAAGCCAUCCCAGCGCGCAAUCGUCUCCGAUUUCGUCGUUUCCCUCACUUCCCCUGCAUCCUCUUCCAAGCAGCAGCAGCAUCCCUCUGUCCAGAGCUGGUGGAAAUCCACUGAGAAGUACUACAAUCUUGUCAAAUCUUCGAACAAACACUCUUCUUCUUCUUCUUCUCUCUCGCUGUCCUUGAGCAGCCAGAUCCUCGACGAGAGCUACUCAAUGGGGAAAUCCCUUUCCUCCAAGCAAAUCGUACAAUUAGCAUCAAAGGGCGCCCAAUCCAACGCCAUCAAUGUCGUUCUUACUUCCUCCGAUGUUGCCGUGGAAGGGUUCUGCUCCAGCAAGUGCGGGACACAUGGGUCUUCUCUGAGCACUGCUGCUUACCGAAAAAUCAAUGGCGGCAAGAAGGUGUCCAAGUUCGCUUACAUAUGGGUGGGGAAUUCGGAGAAGCAGUGCCCGGGGCAAUGCGCGUGGCCGUUCCACCAGCCAAUCUACGGCCCGCAGUCCCUUCCUCUGGUUUCCCCCAACAACGACGUCGGAAUGGACGGGAUCAUCAUCAAUCUGGCUGGUCUCUUGGCCGGAACUGCAACCAAUCCGUUCGGAAACGGGUACUUCCAGGGUCCCAAAGAAGCGCCAUUGGAGGCUGCAUCCGCCUGCACGGGUGUUUACGGCAAGGGAGCCUACCCGGGAUAUGCCGGGGAGCUCUUGCUGGAUUCUACAACAGGGGCUAGCUACAAUGCCAAUGGAGUGAACGCCAGGAAGUACCUGCUCCCUGCCCUGUUUGACCCGGCUUCUGCAGCUUGUUCUACUCUUGUAUGAUCGAAUGAAAGGAGGAAAAUACUACCUAUCUAGUGCUCCGUGAUACAUAUGGUGAAAAAAUUGUAUUAGUAUUAGAAAUUUUGAGAGUUCUAUUGAUUCUUUGAUUCAUUGUAAGAGACAAUAUCACGAUUAUAGAAAAGAUUUGUUGUUGAGUAAUUUGUGGUUAUCUAGUUUUGAUGUUUGAUUGUUCAUAUAUAGUAGGGCUAGGAAACGGUGUGGUCUGGUCCAGACCAGACCAUAUAUACGGUUUACGGUCCAGACCGAGAGGCUAAAGUAUAGACCACAGAUCAUACCACAGACUAUACGGUCUGGUGCAGACCACGCCUGUGCGGUCUAUUUCGGUCUGGUCCAGAUAGACCACACUCAACGAAAAAUUAAUAAUUUCUUUAGUCAACCUUAGGUAACCAGAGCGUGGAGCGAGAGCGGGAGCGGGAGCGAGAGCGUCAGAGCGUUAAUUUUCGGAGAAUUCAAUAUUGAGAGCGUAAAGAGAGCGUUAUUAUUAUAUUAUUUUAAUUAAUAAUUUAUUUUUUUCCUCAAAGCAUUAGAUAAAAUAUGAGAAUCUUA